AGGCUAAUUUUUGCCAACACCAAUAGCCCACAGGAAAAAGCAAUAAGGCCGUCUGAGGCCUAUCUUUGCGAGCGCCAUAUUCUGAAACGCCAUUCUUCUCUCGAUUCUUCCAUCCAUAUCGGCGUGGUCCGGCAUUGCUCGAUCCAUGGGUUCAGUGUUCGGUGACUGGCCGUCUUUUGACCCUCACAACUUCAGCCAGCUCCGACCCUCUGAUCCCUCUGCCCCUUCCAGAAUGACACCAGUAACUUACCGUCCUACCCAUGAUCGAACUCUCCCACCGCCCAAUCAAGUUAUUUGUUCCGAAGCAAAAAAUAUACUUGUAAGACACUUGUACCAGCAUGCUGACGAGAAGCUGAGACCGAAACGGGCUGCUUCUGAAAAUCUCGCACCAGAGCAUGGAUCUAAGCUUCCCAGGUCUUCCAAUUCAGACCCUUCUUUCUAAGCAUGAUGGUUUCAGAGCUUUUUCUUUGUUUUUUUGCUCGUCUUUGUAAAUAUUCUCGCCAAUAUAGGUGUGUGUGUGUUGUAAAACAGUAAACAUGAGCAUAUAUCUAAGUGUAGAAUGAGGAGUAAUAGUUCUCUAAUCAGUUUAUUUAUAAACAUCUGCCAUA